UUUGCCACAUCCGGGGCGCAGGAAGCCCUCGCGUUUCUCUUCAGUGGCGGCUCGGCAUUGCGUGUGUAGGAAUAUGCUCAUGAAGGAGUACCGGAUCUGUAUGCCUUUGACAGUUGAAGAGUACAGAAUUGGACAGCUGUACAUGAUCAGUAAACAUAGCCAUGAGCAAAGUGAUCGUGGAGAAGGUGUAGAAGUGGUGCAGAAUGAGCCUUAUGAAGAUCCAAAUUAUGGAAAUGGUCAGCUGACAGAAAAACGAGUUUAUCUGAACAGCAAACUUCCAAGCUGGGCAAGAGCUGUUGUCCCCAAAAUAUUUUAUGUAACUGAGAAAGCCUGGAAUUACUAUCCUUACACAAUUACAGAAUACACGUGUUCAUUUUUACCCAAAUUCUCCAUUCACAUAGAGACAAAAUAUGAAGACAACAAAGGAAGCAAUAAUAAUAUAUUUGAUAAUGAAGCCAAAGAUCUUGACAGAGAAGUCUGCUUUAUUGAUAUUGCCUGUGAUGAAAUUCCUGAGCGCUAUUACAAAGAGUCUGAGGAUCCUAAAUAUUUCAAAUCAGAGAAGACUGGAAGAGGCCUAUUAAAAGAAGAUUGGAGAGAGACUCAGCAGCCCAUCAUGUGUUCCUACAAGUUGGUGUCUGUAAAAUUUGAAGUAUGGGGACUUCAAACUCGAGUAGAACAGUUUGUUCACAAGGUAGUCAGAGAUAUAUUGCUGAUUGGUCAUCGACAGGCUUUUGCUUGGGUCGAUGAGUGGUAUGAUAUGACUAUGGACGAUGUUCGAGAAUAUGAGAGAAAUAUGCAUGAAAAAACCAACAUUAAAGUUUUCAAUCAACAUUCAUCUACUGUGACUGAAAUAGAGAGUCAUGCCAAAGGAAGUACAUGACUAUGGAUGAAGUCCGAGAGUUUGAACGAGCAACUCAGGAAGCCACGAACAAGAAAAUUGGGAUCUUCCCUCCUGCAAUAUCAAUCUCUAACAUUUCCCUCCCUUCUUCGAUCCGCAGUGC